AUGUUAAUUGCUCUCGUGAGCGCUAAACCAUUUGACCCGGAGUUGGAGCGACUGAAAGCCAAAUACACGGCACGUAUUGACGCACUCGAGGCCAAAGUGGAGUCCGAUGUGAAGCACUUCGAGACCACUAUUUUGAAGGACUCGCCCGAACUGAAGGAACUUCGAGGCGUCGAACCUGACCUAGCUAAAAUGAAAAAUGAGGUGCAAACUGUUGUGGUCAGUGUCGAUGACUUUGUCAAAAUUGAAGAGGAUUUAAGAUACCUGGAAUAUUGGGAACCUAUGCAAGUGGCCAAUAUGAAUAAGUUAAUACAUUAA